AUGUUGGUAGUGGGAGACCACGACUUCAAAAUCCCCAGCCGUCACACACAAGGGCGGAUAUGUCACUGGAGCCAGUCCACUGAUUAUCAUCAGGAUAGGACCUCGGCUAAUCGACUUGGGGCGCCGACGCCGCUCAAGCGGUACAAAGGCGUAGGAAGAAGAAGAAGGAGCAGACAUUCUAUAACCUGUAAUCUUAAUUUUGUCUUUUUUCUAGGUGAUCGUAAUCGACAUAAGUUUGAAAGCUUUUUGAUGGAUUUUAUUCAGUCAAAAAAUAUCGAAUAAAAAUGCUCACAGCCCAGUAUACCCAUGAAAAAGGAAAAACAAGUUACUCGCCGGAAAAAUAAUUAAAAAACUUAAAAAAGCUUUUAUCUUGAAGAUCUUCUCGAAGAAAAAGAAAGUAUCAGCUCGGACAGCCAUCUAGGUCGUUGGCGGAAGGCGACACGCCUGAGCGAGCAGCGGAUCUUCGGCACGCGGUCCUUCUGAUGCUUAUCGUCUAA